AUGCAUUUCCCGCGACGAAUCCUCGCUCUUAGCUCCCUCUUUUCCCUUUCUGCCGCUCACUUCGUGCUCGUCGAGCCGACACCCAGAGGGUUCUCAGAAGAUGAGCUUAGCAAUUUUCCAUGUGGCGGCCAAUCGGUUUCGGAUUCUCGCACCAAGGUGUCCCUGAACGAUCCCAAAAUCUCCAUUGCAUUGGAGAUGGGGCAUGACCAAACGGCCGUGCAGGUAUUAUUGGGACUGGGCAACGAUCCAGGGUCGAAUUUCAACAUCACGCUGGUGCCUACAUUCAGGCAAACUGGACUGGGAGAUUUCUGUCUACCGGAAGUUAGUUUACAAGAGCAGCUGAUGGGCGUCGGCCUCGAGGAUGGAAUGAACGCCACGCUGCAGGUCGUGACGAACGGAGAUCCAACUGGUGGGCUGUACAACUGCGCCGAUAUUACCUUUUCGUCGACGACCGAGUUCGCUGUCUCGGGCAAAUGCAAGAAUGGCACCGGAAUCAACGCCGAAGCAUUCUCCGGCGACGCAGCCCAACGGAAUGCAAACGCAUCCACGCCAAAUGGACAGGCGCAACAAGGCGGGAGCAAUACCGAUCCCUCUGGGCCGGCGCCAACAUCAUCGAAUAUAGCCGCUCCUUUGCAGACGGCUGGUUGGGGUAUUUUGGGUGCUGUCGUGGCAGGCGGUGUUGCGUUGCUUUAG